AUGGGGGGACCAGGCGGGGAAGUGCAGAUAGACGAGACGCUCAGCAGUCGCCGCAAGUACAACGGGGGACGACCGCGGCGCCAGUGCUGGGUCGUCGGUAUGUACGAUACACGCAAGCGGAAAGCCCUAUUUGAGCAGGUUAACAACCGCAGCUGGGAGGCCCUAAGGCCCGUCAUAAGGAAGUGGGUGGCUGCUGGUAGUGUUAUCGUAACCGAUGAGUGGAAGGGUUACACCCACAUACCGUCGGAAGGUUAUACACACUACACUGUCAACCACAGUAGGAUCUUCGAGAAUCCCACAACGGGACGACAUACGAACGCCACAGCGGCCUACUGGAGAAGAAUAAAUAGGAACCUGUACGAGUCUGGCCUUGUCUGCGGCAGAGCAGUGUGGGCCCACCGAGAUGAGGUUCAGUACCGCCUCUGGUUCGACCUAAGGGGCGACAACAUGGCAGCCUCCUGGGAAAAUUUCCUACGACAUUGGGCAGAGGCGUAUCCAAUUGAAUGCGGUCGUUACCUGCGGCCACAUGGACUGUAG